UACUCACCUCUUCACGCCUCUCCUCUCCGCUCCUCUCGCCUCCUUCCUCACCAUCACCUACUAACACAUAUCAUCUCUCGCAACUCCCCGUCUGUUGUCUCCCUCCACUCUCGCCUCCAUUUCUCCCUCCUUCUCACACACUCAACCUUGUUGCCUCGCGCAAACUCGUGCACACACUCAUGCUGAUUGGCACCCAAGGACAGAGCACCCUCUCUCCUGUACCGGCGACCAGGCGAUUUGCUCGUGUGGCCAGACUUCUUGACACUGAGCUCAGCUGAGGAAGAGGACGAGGAAGAGGCCAUGGAGCACAGCCACAUCUUCCCUGUUUUCUCCCCAAAUGGGAGCACCUGGAGCCCAGGGCAGCAUCCCACUGAGUUUGCCCAGGGAUGCCCUCUCGGACCACUGCCUGUCAUCUACUACAGUGUCCUGCUCUGUCUCGGCCUUCCAGCUAACAUCCUGACUGUGGUCAUCCUGUCCCAGCUGGUGCUGCGUCGUCAGAAGUCCUCCUACAACUAUCUCCUGGCUCUGGCAGCCGCCGACAUCCUGGUCCUGCUCCUCAUUGUUUUUGUCGACUUCAUAUUGGAGGAUUUUAUUUUGGGUACGGCGCUGCCUCCGUCACUAAACAACGCAGUGCAGGUACUGGAGUUCUCCUCCAUCCACACCUCCAUCUGGAUCACCGUGCCUCUCACCGUUGACCGCUACAUCGCUGUGUGCCACCCGCUGCGCUACCAUACAGUCUCCUUCCCGGCCCGCACACGAAAGGUGAUAUUUGCCGUGUAUAUUGGGUGCUUGCUGUCUGCAGCUCCUUAUUACUGGUGGCCUGAGUUGUGGCACAGCCUGCCUGGGGUGGGCAGUGGUGGAGGAGGAGAAGGAGAAGGAGGAGGAGGAGAGGAGGGCAACAGGAGAACCGUGGCCCAGCAUGUCCUGGUGUGGGCCCACUGCGCCACUGUCUACCUCCUCCCCUGCAUGGUCUUCUUCUCCCUCAACGCUGUCAUUGUUCGUAAGCUGCGCAGACGCCGCAGCUGCUUCCGUCUGCGCGGCUACUCUACUGGCAAGACCACCGCCAUUCUCCUCGCCAUUACCUCCAUUUUCGCAGUUUUGUGGGCGCCACGUACCCUCAUGAUCCUCUACCACUUCUACUCAUCUCCUCCAGCCUCACAAGGUGCCGGCCGACUGCUCCACGUGCUCACUGAUCUGGCGAACAUGCUAGCGUUGCUCAACACUGGGGUCAACUUCUUCCUCUACUGCUUCAUCAGCAAGCGUUUCCGGGGCAUGGCGGCCAACGUCCUGCGAGCGUUGGUCCACUGCCGGAAGCAGCCACAGCCGUUCUAUGCCAGCCACAACUUUUCCAUCACAAGCAGCCCCUGGAUCUCACCAGCCAACUCCCACUGCAUCAAGAUGUUGGUGUACCAGUAUGACAAAAAUGGGAAACCCAUCUGUAUUUCCUCUUGAGUCCUCAGCCACCAGCAGCCGCCCUCCCCCCCAACCUUCAGUUGUUGGGGAACACAUUGUCUCCUUGGUGACCAGCUUACCCGCAUGGGACUCUUUGAGGCUUGAAAAUGUCAACACGCCUGGAGAGCACACAAGGGACUGUUGAGCUAGCUUUGAGCGCUAACAAAGUGGUUGGCUAGCAAGGUGGAAAAGCAAACAGUAUCCACAAAGCAGCGACCAGCUUCAAAAAGAUGUUGAUUGUUUCCCUCAUGCAAAAAAAAAUAGAGCUACUGUAAGUGACUGCUGACUGACAGGAUAUCAUCGCCAUCUAUCAAUGACUUUUAUGAGCCACAGCGCUACAGACUAAACUAGUAGAUGAAUCCUUGGCGAAGCUUCAAAUGCCUGACAUUGAUUUCUUUAUCGAGGCUCUCUGUUGCUCACUGCCACAAACGGUGAGGAUUUUUGAACAGCUGCGUCUUUGUCCGUUGGUAGUCAUUUUCCAGAAAGCAGAGACAUCCAGUCAGAGUUUGGGCACUGAACAUCUCACCUCGAGGGGUGAUUCACUCAGGCAGAGCCACUGACGGUUCUCUCAAGCGAUGCUAAAACAGCGCUGUCAUUUACAGUUCAAUAUGCAGAAACGUCUCAAAAGGCAUUUGGAUUUGGGCUUUCCUAAAAUGAACAGACUUCUUGAACAGUCUGACUUUUCUUGUGUGUGUGUGCCAAGUUCACCCUGGCGCUCAAAUCGGCGCUCGCUAUGGAAGUCAACCCACAGAUUGUCUUAGGAUGAGUAGGCUAUCUCUGCUUAUUGUUGGUUGACUAUGUAUUAAUGGUAGACUUGACUGUUAUUGUAGCUUCACAAAAAUAUAAGACAAAAAACAUAAUGGCUCUAAGGUGUCGUUGAUCUAGUAAUCACAUUUCCAAUAUUAGGUAGAGGAAAUUUCUGCUAUUAGUAGAUAGUCCUCUAUUAACUAUUAAUGGUAUUUGAUGACUUGUUAGCCAUUAUCUGGAUGGAUAUAAUGAAUGUAACGUGUCUUUAACCCUUUAGCUUUCUGAGCGACUGAGAGAAAAAGAGAGAGACAGAGAGGACGGUUUGUUUUCCCUCGUCCAAGGUUUUCUGUCCCAUGAUGCAGCAGUGAAUUUGGUCUCAGGGCCACAGUGACACAUUUCAGCUCUGCUCAUUCUGCUGCUGGCUGAUGGAAAUACAGCAACAUUUUACAACGAAACACUCACGUACAUCACCACUGCCUCAGUGCUGCCUGAGUCCUGCCCGGUAACAAAUGUUAACACACACACACACCGCUCUAUAUGUGCUCUGUAUUGCCCACUGAAACAGCACAUUGAGAUCAGUGCACAUCCAUUUCUGCAGACACCAUGUGACAUUAGCAGUCAUCUAUUCAGCAAAAAUGGAGCUGCGCCAAAGGGUGUAUUUCUGCUAAUACCUGCCUGGAGAUAUCAGACACAUCAGGCCUUGUUUUAAUGGACGAGGAUUUAAAUCUGAUGGAUGUUCGGUGCUUCUGUCAUAGCUGGUCUCAUGCCCUCCAAACUCUGGUUCGACAUUUUGGGGGGUGACCACAGGUGCGGCUCUUUUUCUCACCACAGUAUCAAUUUAAACAAAAACCUGUCUGCAGAUGAAAAUCAGGCAAAUCAGGGCAAAGUUUCUUACCAGUGGAAUGGUGAGUAAAUACAUAUACUUAUUACAGGCAUUUUUGCUUGUUUGUCCUUGUUUUCUUGGUUAAAUUGAGAUUCAUCAUGACGUGAACUAUAUAUUUUAUCUUUAUCUUCAGCAGGACUGUGUGCUUGCAUGUGUUUGAUUGGCUGACACGGCGGCUUGCCAGAUGAUGUCAUGUUGCAAUGCGGCAUAAUUUGAGCCAUGUUGAACUUUUUUGCGUUUCUGCAAUUUUUCCUGGAGCUCCCUGCGUUGUACGCAGCUGGACUGGCCUCCUAAACCCAGAUUUAACAAACCCAGAUUUAACAAACGUGCUAUGUUUCACAUUUUUCAAAUCGCUACCUUCCAUAUCAUUUGAAUAUGACAAUAGUACGGUCAUACGGUCUAAAAGGUCUGUUAGAGAGACAAGGAGUGUCUUGUGAUGCAGGUGAUACAAUAUUUUUCCAUAAAAAGGAAAAGUAAUUUGUAGCGAGAAGGUCAAUGUUCUGUAAUUGUGCCGUACUGAAAAUGCUCUACAAAAACCGUUGAGAAAAAUAAAGUAAGCGAUAAAAAGAAAACAAGCAAUGAAAGUUAAAAAAGUACAUGAACAAUAGAUUUGGAAAAAUAUAUAUAUUUGAGAGCCUAAAACAACACUAUAAAACUGUGCAGUUUUGACCUUUAAAGACUGCUGUCUCUUGUCCAUGAACCUCACAAGUCAUGUACUGGUUUAUUUGAAAUUUUGGGCUUUUUUUCCCCGUAGUGUGUCUUCUUUCAGACUAGUGAAAAGUUUGCAUUUAUAAUGCUUAAUAUGCAUAUCUAAACAUACACUUUCAGAUUUUUUUUACCUUAUUUACUUCAGUAACAUUUAUAAACACCAAACUAUCCAGUUUAAUUCCUGUCUAUAUUCUGACGGUUUUUAACGGAGGAAUUGGUUGAGCAUUUUAUUCCUAAAAACAUGGCGAAAUGGAUUUCUUUAUGGCCGUUGACAGUAUUUUCUGAUUUAUGGAGUGAUAAAAAGAGAAAUCUAAAAUUCCCUCCGUAAAAACCUUUGACUCUAAAAUGUCAAUAAAAUAAAACAAGAAUCUAAUGUUCAUAUUUCUGUUCUGGAGAAAUCCGAACAUCAGCACUCAGAGAAUGCCUGAUUUGCAUAUUUAACAUAUAUUUUCAGAAAAUGUGUAAUACAAUAAAUAAUCUUAAUGCAAGUAAUCAACCGAAGUUUCAUGGCGAUAUCUAUGAGUUGUUGUUGUUUGUUUUUCCUUAACCCGGGGUGUCCUCCCUUAAGUUUUGCCCAAACCCCUACACUGUGUUGUAAUGUCCUGUAAAGUGUUCUCAGAAUAAAUUUGUUGAAGGACUCCGAUCGAAUAGGAAUUAUGACCAAAACUCCAAAGACCCAAAUUGUUACUGGGAAAGAAGUGAAAGUAUAGCUUUACAUUAUGAAUAAAAAACUUGUAUUUUUUCAAGUGCACCGAUUCCAACUGUUGGUUUGAGUGAUAGUCUUUCCCGUUUCUUUUCCCAUCAAAGAUUAACUUUAACUAGCUCCUCCACUCCCCCCAUGACUAGCUCCUCCACUCCCCCCAUGACUAGCUCCUCCACUCCCCCCCAUGACUAGCUUCUCCACUCUCAAUUUCCAUUCUUUGCUCCUCACAAAUUGAUUUUCUUCACAAUUGCAUGUUAAUAAAGGAGCACGAUCACCACUUGCUACUCACCUUACUUCACUCUGCAGUCCUCCCACUGCACCCUCUAUCCUCCCACUUUAUGUCUAAUGCACUCGCUCAAAGUUAAUUUCACAAGUGUCCUUUUUACUCGUUAACUGAUUGCCUUGAAGUCUUGGAGGCUACAUGUGCACACUGAGCAUACCGCUCCAUAAUUUCUCUUUAGAAAAUGGAUCCAUGCGGUUAGGGACCUUGAGAAGAAGCUGGUGGAUGUCGAGAGUUAUUUGAUGUAAAUGAACACCCAAAAAGGGUCGAUAACCGGUAAUCACUCAGCGAGCUCCUUGACUCCAAGUCCAUAAGUCAUCCUCAGCAGGACGUUUAAUGUAAAGGCACGAAAAUAUGUACUUUAGUCCUCAAUCAAUACCGCCUAAUGAUCCGAUGAUCAUUAAGAAAGUAAGAACACAAAUAAAUGAUUAAGGCCUCAGCCUGAGGAGCUCAUGCCAGAUCAAUGUUGCCAUGACAUUUAUUUCACGUGUUAACCCUCUCCAGUGUUUCAGUCGAUGUUAAUGUGACAUUUGUGGGAGGAUCGGCGCCUCAGUCUCGCGGCCUCCUGGGAACGAGGCAGGAAAACCAGCUUCAGGGAACCAAAGCGAAUGGAUGAGUGGGGGGUGUUGAGAGAGUGUCACAUGCAGGUGUCUCUUCGUCUCCACGUGAGGCACUCGGGAGCAGGUGGGAGGGUGUGUGUUUGUGUGUGUGUGCGUGCGUGCGUGUGUGGGAGAUGGGGGGGAGUUGAUGCCAAGAAAUCCCCCCUAUUAUGAUAAGAUCUAUAUUUUCUUCAGCCAGAUAUUAAAAAGAUAACAAAACAUAAAUCAAUCAGAAGGUGAAAUUGUAUUUUCUCUCUCACGCCUCCUCUCCGUCUCUCUCUACCUGCUUAGCUCUACAAUGUGUGUGCGUGCGUGCGAGUGUGUGUACAUAAUGUCCGUCUUAGACAGAAAGAAGCUUUUAAAAGUGUUUGUGCCAUAGGAGUUAUAAUGUAUGAAAUCAAAUAUGUAUUUUUUUUCUCAAUCAUGAUGAAUAUAAUUACAUACAGCACAGUAUUAUAACGAUAUAACCAUGAAUGUACAACUGACGCUUCUGUCAUUUUUGUUGGUAUUUUUCUGAUAGUGAUUUUCUACACAAUGACCAUUUUUAAGUAUUUUAACUUUCUCCAUGGCAGUGUUUCAGGACUGUGUUUUAUGAUCGUACUGGAGUUCCUAUAGGCUUGCUUAAUUAAUUAAUUUCCUCCUAAUGAAUGUAUUGACAGUAUAAAGAGUAUGUAUUACAGUUUUGAUUGAAGAAAUAAAGAACAGUGUCUCUAAUGAUUGAGA